UACUAUAAAUACUAUUUUUUAAUUUAAAAAUAAAUGAAUUAUGAGGGUGAUCGUAUAUACAUAAACCAUUGUAACCAAGGAAGUGUCAUUAGUUAUUCAGAAUUUAACACUUAAAAUAAAAAUGAAGAAUUGGCAAAUUAUAUCUGUUCUAUUGAUAAUAUUGUGUUUGAUAUUUAACGAAGCAAUUCAUCAUAAAAGUUCGGAUGACGAACAGACAUGCCAAUAUGAGGAAGGUACAAGAAAAGCUGCAGAAAAUGAAAACUUGGAAUUGUUCAAAUAUGCACAUAAAAAUGAAUAUCCGUGGGAUGAAAGCACAACAGAAACAGCUGCUUCUAGUGGUAAUUUAGAAUACUUAAAAUAUGCUUAUGAAAAUGGCUGCCACUGGGAUAGUCAUACAACGACUGCAGCUGCCAAAAGAGGAGAUUUAAGUAUUUUAAAAUAUGCACAUGAAAAGGAAUGUCCAUGGGAUGAAAGCACAACAGAAGCAGCUGCUUCUAGUGGUAAUUUAAAAUGCUUAAAAUAUGCUUUUGAAAAUGGCUGUAAAUGGGAUGAACGUACAACCACUGCUGCUGCCAAAAUAGGUGAUUUAAAAAUGUUAAAAUAUGCACAUAAAAAUGAAUGUCCAUGGGAUGAAAGCACAACAGAAGCAGCUGCUUCUGGUGGUAAUUUCGAAUGCUUGAAAUAUGCUUUUGAAAAUGGCUGUAAAUGGGAUAGUCGUACAACAACUGCGGCUGCCAAAAUAGGUGAUUUAAAAAUGUUAAAAUAUGCACAUGAAAAUAAAUGUCCAUGGAAUGAAAGGACAACAGAAGCAGCUGCUUCUAGUGGUAAUUUAAAAUGCUUAAAAUAUGCUUUUGAAAAUGGCUGUAAAUGGAAUACACGUACAACCACUGCAGCUGCCAAAAUAGGUGAUUUAAGUAUUUUAAAAUAUGCACAUGAAAAGGAAUGUCCAUGGAAUGAAAGGACAACAGAAGCAGCUGCUUCUGGUGGUAAUUUCGAAUGCUUGAAAUAUGCUUUUGAAAAUGGUUGUAAAUGGGAUAAACGUACAACUACAGCAGCUGCCAAAAGAGGAGAUUUAAGUAUUUUAAAAUAUGCAUAUGAAAAGGAAUGUCCAUGGAAUGAAAGGACAACAGAAGCUGCUGCUUCUGGUGGUAAUUUAGAAUGCUUAAAAUAUGCUUUUGAAAAUGGCUGUCAAUGGGAUACACGUACAACUACAGCAGCUGCCAAAAGAGGAGAUUUAAGUAUUUUAAAAUAUGCACAUGAAAAGGAAUGUCCAUGGAAUGAAAGGACAACAGAAGCAGCUGCUUCUGGUGGUAAUUUCGAAUGCUUGAAAUAUGCUUUUGAAAAUGGCUGUCAAUGGGAUGAACGUACAACCACUGCCGCUGCCAAAAUAGGUGAUUUAAAAAUGUUAAAAUAUGCACAUGAAAAUGAAUGUCCAUGGGAUGAAAGUACAACAGAAGCAGCUUCUUCUAGUGGUAAAUUAGAAUGCUUAAAAUAUACAUUUGAAAAUGGCUGUAAAUGGGAUAGUCGUACAACAACUGCGGCUGCCAAAAUAGGUGAUUUAAAAAUGUUAAAAUAUGCACAUGAAAAUAAAUGUCCAUGGAAUGAAAGGACAACAGAAGCAGCUGCUUCUAGUGGUAAUUUAGAAUGCUUAAAAUAUGCUUUUGAAAAUGGCUGUAAAUGGAAUACACGUACAACCACUGCAGCUGCCAAAAUAGGUGAUUUAAAAAUGUUAAAAUAUGCACAUGAAAAUGAAUGUCCAUGGGAUGAAAGUACAACAGAAGCAGCUUCUUCUAGUGGUAAAUUAGAAUGCUUAAAAUAUACAUUUGAAAAUGGCUGUAAAUGGGAUGAACGUACAACCACUGCUGCUGCCAAAAUAGGUGAUUUAAAAAUGUUAAAAUAUGCACAUAAAAAUGAAUGUCCAUGGGAUGAAAGCACAACAGAAGCAGCUGCUUCUGGUGGUAAUUUCGAAUGCUUGAAAUAUGCUUUUGAAAAUGGCUGUAAAUGGGAUAGUCGUACAACAACUGCGGCUGCCAAAAUAGGUGAUUUAAAAAUGUUAAAAUAUGCACAUGAAAAUAAAUGUCCAUGGAAUGAAAGGACAACAGAAGCAGCUGCUUCUAGUGGUAAUUUAAAAUGCUUAAAAUAUGCUUUUGAAAAUGGCUGUAAAUGGAAUGAACGUACAACCACUGCUGCUGCCAAAAUAGGUGAUUUAAAAAUGUUAAAAUAUGCACAUGAAAAUAAAUGUCCAUGGAAUGAAAGGACAACAGAAGCAGCUGCUUCUAGUGGUAAUUUAGAAUGCUUAAAAUAUGCUUUUGAAAAUGGCUGUAAAUGGAAUACACGUACAACCACUGCAGCUGCCAAAAUAGGUGAUUUAAAAAUGUUAAAAUAUGCACAUAAAAAUGAAUGUCCAUGGGAUGAAAGUACAACAGAAGCAGCUGCUUCUAGUGGAGAUUUAGCAUGCUUAAAAUAUGCUUUUGAAAAUGGCUGUAAAUGGGAUGAACGUACAACCACUGCGGCUGCUAUAAUAGGUAAUUUAUGUAUAUUAAAAUAUGCACAUGAAAAUGAAUGUUCAUGGGAUGAAUACACAACAGAAGCUGCGGUAGAUAAUGGUAAUUUAGAAUGCUUAAAAUAUGCUCAUGAAAAUGGCUGUAAAUUUAAUCAAAUUAGUAUUGCAAGAAAUGCUAUAUAUAGGGAUAAUCUCGAAAUAUUAAAAUAUGCUCACGUAAAUGGAUAUGAAUUCGAUGAAGACAUAAUUAAUGUAGUUGGCUCUUCAUGUAGUCGUCAUAUUAUUAAAUAUGUCUUUGAAAAUGGAUAUGCAUGCAAUAUAAGUACAACUUAUAUGACUGUAAAAUAUGGUAAUCUUCAAAAUUUAAGAUAUUUACAUGAAAAUAGAUGUCCGUGGGAUGAAAGCAUAACAAAAAUUGCUGCCAUUAAAGGCAAUUUUGAAUGUUUAAAAUAUGCUUAUGAAAAUGGAUGUCCGUGGGAUGAAAGCACAACAGAAGCAGCUGCUUCUAAUGAUCAUUUCGAAUGCUUGAAAUAUGCUUUUGAAAAUGGCUGUAAAUGGGAUAGUCGUACAACAACUGCGGCUGCCAAAAGAGGUGAUUUAAAAAUGUUAAAAUAUGCACAUGAAAAUGAAUGUUCAUGGGAUGAAAGCACAUCAGAAGCAGCUGCUUCUAAUGGUCAUUUCGAAUGCUUGAAAUAUGCUUUUGAAAAUGGCUGUAAAUGGGAUAGUCGUACAACAACUGCGGCUGCCAAAAGAGGUGAUUUAAAAAUGUUAAAAUAUGCACAUGAAAAUGAAUGUUCAUGGGAUGAAAGCACAACAGAAGCAGCUGCUUCUAAUGGUCAUUUCGAAUGCUUGAAAUAUGCUUUUGAAAAUGGCUGUAAAUGGGAUAGUCGUACAACAACUGCGGCUGCCAAAAGAGGUGAUUUAAAAAUGUUAAAAUAUGCACAUGAAAAUGAAUGUUCAUGGGAUGAAAGCACAACAGAAGCAGCUGCUUCUAAUGAUCAUUUCGAAUGCUUGAAAUAUGCUUUUGAAAAUGGCUGUAAAUGGGAUAGUCGUACAACAACUGCGGCUGCCAAAAGAGGUGAUUUAAAAAUGUUAAAAUAUGCACAUGAAAAUGAAUGUUCAUGGGAUGAAAGCACAACAGAAGCAGCUGCUUCUAAUGAUCAUUUCGAAUGCUUGAAAUAUGCUUUUGAAAAUGGCUGUAAAUGGGAUAGUCGUACAACAACUGCGGCUGCCAAAAGAGGUGAUUUAAAAAUGUUAAAAUAUGCACAUGAAAAUGAAUGUUCAUGGGAUGAAAGCACAACAGAAGCAGCUGCUUCUAAUGAUCAUUUCGAAUGCUUGAAAUAUGCUUUUGAAAAUGGCUGUAAAUGGAAUCAAAAUAUCAUGAGAAGUGCAAUUAUAAAGGGUAAUCUAGACGUAAUAAAAUAUGUUUACGAAAAUGGAUGUUUGUGGUGUGAAGGAACUCUGCGUGAAGCUGCUGCAAAAGGUAAUAUGGAAUUUUUAAAAUAUGCUCAUCAAAAUGGUUGCAAAUGGGAUGAAGGUACAACUCGAGCUGCUGCAACAAGUGGUUGUUUCAACUGUUUAAAGUAUGCAUACGAAAAUGGAUGUGUUUGGGAUGAAGGCACUACUCGAGCUGCUGCCGCAAGUGGUUGUUUAGAGUGUUUGGUAUAUGCUCAUGAUAAGGAAUGUAAUUGGGAUAAAGAUACAAUAGUUGUAGCAGCUGUGCAUGGUAAGUUAGAUUGCUUAAAAUAUGCCCGUAAACAUGGAUGUGAUUGGGUUGAAGGUAUGAUAAGAGGGGCAGCAGCAAAUGGACAUUUAAAUUGCCUAAAAUUUGCGCAUGAAAAUGGGUGUCCCUGGGAGGAAGGUACAACAAGGGAAGCUGCUGCGAGUAGUUAUAUUAAAUGUUUAAUAUUUGCACAUGAAAAUGGAUGUAAAUGGGAUGAAGGAACUAAAAGUGGAGCUGCCGCAAAUGGUCAUUUAGACUGCUUAAAAUAUGCUCAUGAAAAUGGUUGUGAGUGGGACGAAGGCACAACAAGACUUGCUGCUUCAUAUGGUGAAUUAUAUUGCUUAAAAUAUGCACACGAAAAUAAUUGUCCAUGGAGUAGCGGUACCUUUUCUGAAGCUAUACGAAAAGGUUACAUUAAAAUAAUUAGAUAUGUUACUAAAAAUGGAUGUCCUAAUUAAUAUUCUAAUGAAAUAUUUGUAACUUUUAUCAUAUUCAUUUAUGUCAAUUAUAUUAUUUAAAAUAAAUUAACAGGAACCAAUAAUUAAUAUAUACAUUGUACAAUAUAUA